GGUAGUGCAGCAUCCCAGCGCUGCCAUAAGCCAGUGCAGGGAGGAAGGGAUUGACUGGAGAGACCAGAGCUCUGAAGGCAGAUGAAACGCCAGGUCUCUUGUGAAUUGGGGGAUAACCAGUCUUGCCUUAUGAUGGGAACGGACACUCGCUCCACUUGAGGACAUUGACGAUCCGUUCCGCAUCAGGAAGAUAAAAAGCACUCCACCUUUUUGGGGUUUUGCUUUUGUAUUUUGCCUCUCUGUUGUGGUGAGGGCUCAGCGCUGUCUACCUUCAUGUGGAGAAAGAAGCUACUGGUGCGCUCUUCGACCCCUCUCUCCUCCUCAUCCAUCCUCUCUGGAUCAGGUCUUUCGUGCUAGGGAUCCACUUUCCAGGAAUCUCAGUCCUCCAUGUACGAUAACCUCUACCUCCAUGGCUUUGAAGACUCGGAGGCGGGCUCAGCUGAUUCCUACACAAGCCGACCGUCUGACUCAGACGUGUCCCUGGAGGAGGAGAAGGAGGGCGGCCGGCAGGAGAGGGAGCAGCAGGCCACCGUUCAGCUCGAGAGGGCAAAGAGUAAAGCAGUGGCAUUUGCCGUGAGGACCAAUGUGAGCUACUGCGGAGCGCUGGAGGAGGACGUUCCUGUCACCGGCACCGCCGUCACGUUUGACGCCAAGGACUUCCUCCACAUUAAAGAGAAGUACAACAACGACUGGUGGAUCGGCCGCCUGGUGAAAGAAGGCUGUGACAUCGGCUUCAUUCCCAGCCCGCUGAAGCUGGAAAACAUCCGGCUGCAGCAGGAGCAGAAGCGAGGACGCUUCCACAGCAGCAAAUCCAGUGCAAAUUCCUCCUCCAGUCUGGGAGAAAUGGUGUCAGGGACGUUCAAACCAAACCCAAACUCAGCAGGAAAGCAAAAACAAAAAGUGGCUGAACACGUCCCGCCGUACGACGUGGUUCCGUCCAUGAGGCCGGUGGUCCUGGUAGGUCCGUCCCUGAAAGGCUACGAGGUGACGGAUAUGAUGCAGAAAGCGCUGUUUGACUUCCUGAAGCACAGGUUCGAUGGAAGGAUAUCCAUCACUAGGGUCACCGCUGAUAUAUCGUUGGCCAAGAGGUCAGUACUUAACAACCCCAGUAAACGGGCCAUCAUUGAGAGGUCCAACACCCGCUCCAGCCUCGCUGAGGUCCAGAGUGAAAUAGAAAGGAUCUUUGAGUUGGCCAGAUCGCUACAGCUGGUGGUGUUGGAUGCAGACACCAUUAAUCACCCAGCACAGCUUAUCAAGACCUCGUUAGCUCCCAUUAUUGUCCAUGUUAAGGUGUCAUCUCCUAAGGUCUUGCAGCGUCUGAUCAAAUCACGAGGGAAGUCCCAAAGCAAACACUUGAACGUGCAGCUUGUUGCAGCAGAAAAACUAGCCCAGUGUCCAUCUGAGAUGUUUGACAUCAUUUUGGAUGAGAACCAGCUUGAAGAUGCCUGCGAACACCUGUCUGAAUACCUGGAGGCGUACUGGCGCGCUACUCACACUUCACUUAGCACGCCGCUCAACCCCCUGCUGGGACGCAAUCUGGGCUCCACUGCUCUCUCCCCGUAUCCGGCUGCCAUCCAGGCCCAAAAGAAUCGAAACAGCAACCACACGACUACCGACCAUUCCCCCGUCGAGCGCCACAAUCUGAUGCCCGCGGACGAGAACUAUCACAACGAGCAGGCCCGGAAGAACCGCAACCGCCUGUCGUCGGGCUCACAGCAGAGCAGGGACCACUCUCCGCUGAUGGAGGAGGACUACCAAGACCCCUACCAGGACUCUUACAAGCCUCACCGCAACCGCGGAUCCCCAGGAGGCUACAGCCAGGACUCCGCCAAGCACAGGCUGUGAGCCGAUAGUCGCCCGCGCCGAACACGAUCGCUGAGGCGGCGGUGGCGACCUGAUGAGUCUACUUCAGUCAUGUGAACUGGAACUAUCUCUUAUGUCUGUGUAGUACCUCAUAUCCCCCUUUUGACCUUGGUUGUUGUUGCCAAAUGGACAUUUAUAACCUAAUAAUAAUAAUAAAAAGAAGAAACAACUGCCUUUGCUGUGACGUGAAUAUGAGGGUGGACAUGUAGCACAAGAACUAUGUUUUAAACGAAGGGUGGAAGUUUAGCUUGUUUUAAUGCGUCACACAAGUAGCUUGUAAGUUAAAUCAACUAGCAAGUGAAAGAGUGGGGUCUUCUACACUUUCCCUGCCAUCUGGCUGCCCCUGUAGCAUGUAGGUGGGGGGGCUGCGAAGCCGGUGCCAGACAGCAACUCGGCUGCAACUCAGCAACUGAGUGCUUGUUUGAACGUAUCUUAAGACAUGAGGAAAGCAAAAAUAUGCCAUUAAUAAUACGUUUGUGUGCUAACGUUUUCGACUUGUUCAAAAAAAUUCUUGUCUUUUGCUAAUUGUUUACAACAUUACAUAUAUUUUCCUCUUCGAAGUUCAUCCAGUAGCUUCCCGAAUCCCCUUCUUUACUUUCCCUGAACUCCCAUUUUUGUUCAAUCGGUCGUAUGCAAAGUUGCGCAAAUACAGAGAUGUUUAAAGCUCCAAACCUCAGGAAUGAGGGGUCACCAAGACCCGGAAGUGUAGCGUUUUGUUAUCUUACCCGUCUGGAUAAUUAUGGGUGUAUUAUUUUAAUAUACAGUGUCUUUCAAGAGUAUUCACAGCUGAAGUUUUAAUUGGGAUGAAACACGGUGGUGGCGGCAUAUACCACCUCUUGCAUUAUGAGUGGUCCUGUCUAGACAGGACCACUCAUAAUGUAAUGUGAGAUUACAUUAUUUCUAUGUAAUCUCACUGAGCUUCAAUAGGCAAAAAUGUCAGCCUCCUGAUCUGGAUCUCCUGAUUGAAGCUGCAAUCAAAACAAAAUGUAAGCGCAUGUAUCAUUCUCCUUUCAUUCCAAAUGAUCUGGUACUUUAUGUUGGUUUGUUUACCACAUAACACCUUAAAUCUAAUACAUUAAGGAGUGAGGUGGUAACACGAAUGCUUUUGUAAGGCACUGUAGCUGUAGUGGAAUGCUAUGAUGUGCAUUUAGUUUGUUUUUGUUUUUUGUCUGAGUUUAGCAAGGCAUUAUUAUGAAAAUACAAGAGUGGAUUUUAGUUUGUGAUAUAUUGAGGGCUUCCAUGUGUAAAUAUUGUCAAAAAUGACAGAAGAGAAACCUAAAAAUUCUACUUUUGGUAAAUCUGAUUACAUUCCAUUGGUUUAAUUCAAGGUAAUGCAUAUAAUUCAGAUCAAUAUUUCUUUUUAAAAGGUUUUAUAAUAACUGUAAAAUGUUCACCGGGCAGAAGCUGAUCCUGACCGUCGUCUUUGUUUUCAGGUGUAACUUUUUACAUUAUUUUAACGUCCGUUAGAAAUCCUUGGAUAAAAAUGGAAAACUACAGAACAAAGGAAGGAUUUUUCUAUACCCAUCAAAGCUUUUGCUAGCCAAUACUAACAGUUACAUGUAACUAUCUUUAACCAAACAGGAAAAAAAAGUUCCCUGUUUCCUGUUUGAUAGAGGUGGUAGACUUGAAUUCAAUAUAAUAUGAACUACGUGCUAGUCUUUAUCUGAUUUUUUACCAAACAAAAAGCAAAUUAUAAGAACAUGCUAUUUAUUGAUGUGUUUACAACUUGAAAAAUGACUGGUUUCAAGUUUUUAUGUGCCUAACGAAUGAAGAAAAAAUUUGUUUUUCAGUACCUGAUCUGCUGAUUACCAUUUAUAACCAAUUUAGGGGAAAAUCAGAGGAUUGUGAUCAACCACUUUCAUGUCUUUCCGAAUUUCACUUCUGUUGCAGGCUGUUUCAUGCUAAAUGUAAUGGAUUUUCCGUUUUUUUUUUUCUUACUUAUUUAUUUAAAUGUACACUGCCAAUAAACACAGGAAAAAUAGAGCAUAAUCUUACAAUGAUAUACUCUUGAGCCUUGUAUUAUAACAUGCAGCGGUUAUUUUCAUUCUAUGGGUCAUAAAUGAGUAAAAUCUUUUGUUUUUGUUUUUUCCAAAUAGUAUAGUUUUAGCACCAACAUAAAAAUAUGAAAACUGGUUGUGAGAGAGUGAUAAACUAAUUAGAAUGUAUGUGUGCAUCGUCCUUUUACAACUGUAUUGAAAUAAACUGCACUGUUGUAUGGA